CCGUACGCAUGUUUUCCGCACCCAUUGCCGGCGUGCCAAAAGAUUAUGCCGCCCUGUAUCGCAGGUCCGCCCCAGCAUAGUAUCAUCGUGCUGAUCCCCACGUCGUGCUAUGUUGCGUGGCUUGCUUGUUCUAUCAUACCUCCCUGCCUUGCAGUGCCACGCGGAGUAUGUUUCGCUGGACCGCGUGCCGGAUCUGAAGCUCUUUCUCGUUGCCGCUGCGAUUUGUGUGUCGUUCGUCUCCGCAGCCAAUCCAUUCAAUCUGCCCGAAUUGCUCCCUCGCGACACCGAGGACGUCGCCCCCUUCCAGCUGGCAGUUGGAAAUAUCAUUCGUCUCCAUUUUGACGGGCUGCAGCGGCGCCCAGUGAAGAAGAAGAAGCCAUGCCCUGAGGCCAACGCCAGAAAGCCGAGGAAAUCGAAGGCUCAGAAGAGGGCCGAGAAGAAGGCAAAGCUAGAGGCAGUGAAGGCGGACGCGGCGUGAGCGCGCUCGCUGGCAGCUGGCGGCCGAAGCGGGGGAGGGGUUCCUUUGACACCAGCUGGGAUGCUGUCGUCUACACGCGACCCGUGGGAGCGCGCGCACGGCGCGCCCCAUUUUUAGCCGGCGGCGCGAGCGGAGCACCCUCUGGCCUCGCCGCGAGACAGAUAGCUCCCUUACGACAUUUGAGAAUCAGUGUUGGCGCACAUCGACGCAGGUACAUGGCACGCUCUCACCUGGCGGAUUGAAGGCGCUCGUGCGGGGGUUGGCUCUGCUUUCGACGAGUUGCCAGAGGAAGAAAUGAGCCGCACCCCAAGCGAAUGAGUUUUCUUUACACAGGUAUGUUUUUGGCGCAGACACAGUCCGCUGCACGAGCAGAACUCACUGCUUUGGAUUUGGCGCAUACAAGGCUUCAACGGCUGCUAAGUGAGCAGCGCAACGCAUGAUUGAGGAUUCCAGGAUAGCAUUUGCCAGGCGACUCGACGAGGGAAGCGACCUUGC